CACUGUCAUUACCACAAUGGCAAAGAUGAACACAAGCAUCGCUUAUGUUAUCUUGACCCGGCGGCCAUCUCUGCAAUCUUUUGGCCGCCGGCGCCCUUGCGGGGUUGCUAUCAUCAUCACCAGCAAGACAGUUUCACCAUGCCGGAUGGCGGGCUCAACCGUGGGCUUCGACGGUAUCGUCGAUGGCUCGGACAUAAAUUGGCAUCAUGUCUCACCUCUACAACUCCCAGGCAGAGCAACACUGCAGUCUUGGUUACACCCCACCAUGACGCUCCACGAAAGAAUCAAGUCCAAAACCACCAGGCAAGGUUGGGUUCUACCUCGUCAGACCACUUCCUUUGCCGACCCUGGAGCCUGGACCAACGUUGACUGCGAUGUCACCCCCCUCAAUCGUCGGACCUGGUCGGCAUGGACCAUGUUUGGAUACUGGUUCAGUGAUGCACUCAACGCCCAAAGCUGGAUGGCACCCGCUUCUAUCAUCGCUCUCGGGCUCACCUGGCGUGAGGCCAUUGUUUGCAUCAUCUUUGGCAGUCUCGUCUGCACUGUUCCCCUGGUGUUGAAUGGCAUGGUCGGUGCUCGGCUUCAUAUCCCCUUUCCCGUCGCCAUGAGAGCCUCAUUUGGCUGGUACUUCUCUCGAUUUGCAGUGGUGACGAGGGCUAUCACGGCCUUGUUCUGGCAUGCUAUUCAGACUUACACCGGAUCGACUGCCAUGACACAGAUCAUCCGAUCCAUUUGGCCAUCCUAUCUCGACAUUCCCAACAACAUUCCAGAUAGUGUUGGAAUCACCACGCAGGGAAUGAUAUCGCACUUGAUCUUCUGGCUAGUGCAGUUUCCUAUCCUGCUCAUCCCGCCGCACAAGCUCAAGUGGUUCUUUGUAGCCAAGUGUGUGCUUGUCAUCACUACCUCAGUUGCCGUGGUCAUCACAAUGACGUCCAAGGCUGGUGGUGCAGGGGAUAUCUGGAACCUUCCGUAUGGUGUUCAUGGCACGGAUAGAUCAUGGUUGAUCUUGUCUUCUCUGUCCUCCAUCACCGGCGGCUGGGCAACAAUGGCGACCAACAUACCCGACUUCACACGGUAUCUCAAAGCAGACAAGGGUGUCUACUGGCAAGUUGCCUUUUUGCCAGGCAUCCAGCUCAUGCUGGGACUCUUCGGCAUCAUCUGCUGCUCUGCUUCCAAGGUUGUUUAUGGAAAGUACAUCUGGGAUCCUCUCGAAAUUGCUUCUCACUGGGACGGCCCCUCUGGUCGGGCUGGCGCCUUCUUUGUAGGACUCUGCUGGGUAGUAGCCCAGAUUGGCACCAAUCUUUCUGCCAAUGUCAUCAGCUGUGCCAACGACAUUAUGUGUCUUUGGCCCAAGUACCUCAACAUCAGACGUGGAGUUAUCAUCACGACAGUAAUUGCGGGCUGGGUCAUGCAGCCUUGGAAGAUUAUCCACUCUGCUCAGUCUCUCCUCGCAUUCAUGGCGGGAUUAGGAAUUUUCCUGGCACCGAUUGCAGCAAUGCUCAGCGCAGACUACUGGGUUGUACAAAAGCAAAUGUAUGACAUUCCGGGCCUAUACCGAGCACAUGGAAGGUACCGGUUCAACAAAUGGGGUACGAACUGGAGGGCAGCGGUGGCAUUCUUGAUCAGUGUCGUGCCCAGCAUCCCUGGGAUGGCUGCUUCUGUUGACCCGUCGAUCAAAGGCACGAUUGGGGACGCCGAUAAGCUUUAUUUCAUGUUUUAUUUCUGGGGAUACACAAGUGCGUUUUUGGUAUAUAUUGGCCUGAGUUAUUUUUUUCCUGCUCCAGAGACACAUAUUGCCGCAACGAUUUAUGAAGAUUCGGACAUCAUCUCAGCCGCGGAGGGUUUUGACAAGGGCGAUUCCGAGCUCGGGGAUGAGAAAAAGAUGGGUGAGAAAGAUGUUGUGAGUUCUGUUUGA